GGAUCCUCAUCUUGACACCUUGACUGAGUCACAAAAUAUGGAAGUUAAUAAUCUAAGACAGUCAUGUCAGCAAGCGGAAGAUGCUCUAACUCAAGGCAUGGAGAAAUUGCAGUCGACUCUUGCUGAAACUGUGGCCGCUGGUCAACUGGUAGGAGGUUACAUCCCAAGGAUACCUAUUGCAAUGGAGAAGUUGGAAGCUCUAGUUAGCUUUGUGAACCAGGCUGAUCAUCUUCGCCAAGAAACACUACAGCAGAUGUCUCGUAUCCUAACAACUCGCCAGGCAGCUCAAGGCUUACUUGCACUAGCAGAGUACUUCCAACGUCUUAGAGCUUUGAGUUCAAUCUGGGCAACCUGUCCUCGUGAGCCUGCGUAAUCUUAUACCUGAAAAAAUCAAGAAGCUCAAAAUCUCUGGAAGAUCAUCACUGUCGGAACUUUGUUUCCUGAUCAGAGGUAAA